AUGUCAGUCCCUGGUGACAUGAUGGGUCCAGGUGACAUGGCGGGUCCAGGUGACAUGGCGGGUCCUGGUGACAUGUCAGUCCCUGGUGACAUGACGAGUCCAGGUGACAUGACGAGUCCAGGUGACAUGACGGGUCCAGGUGACAUGGCGGGUCCAGAUGACAUGACAGGUCCUGGUGACAUGUCAGUCUCUGGUGACAUGACGGGUCCAGGUGACAUGACGGGUCCAGGUGACAUGAUGGGUCCAGGUGACAUGGCGGGUCCAGGUGACAUGACGGGUCCAGGUGACAUGACGGGUCCAGGUGACAUGGCGGGUCCAGAUGACAUGACGGGUCCAGGUGACAUGACGGGUCCAGGUGACAUGGCGGGUCCAGGUGACAUGGCAGUCCUGGUGACAUGGUGGGUCCUGGUGACAUGGCGGGUCCAGGUGACAUGGCAAGUCAGGUGA